GUAAUAAAUAAUGUUCCUAAGUUAAAUAAAAUCUUUAAAACUGUCACAUUUAAUAGCAAAAUUAUGAAGAAAUUUAAGCAUGUCCAAAUAAAGAGAUAAAUAAAUUACUUUGUCAAAAACAAAAAACAAAAUAGUUAUGCUCAAUUUGUUGACCCGACCCGGACAUGUGAAAGUAACCUUUAUUAAGUAUGAACCCGGGUUCGAGAUCCGGUUUGAAUUGAACACACAAAUUCAAAUACCCCCGUUUCCCUCCCACAACUCCGAUCAAAUCCCAAAUCCCUAAUUCCCCAAAUUUUUUUCAUUCUGUCACUUCGCAUUCCCAAUUUCUACCAAAUCCGAUGACCGGUAAUCCACUCAAACCCCCCAAACAACCCCUUAAAACACCCAAAAGGCAAUGGUCUAUCUCCGAUUUCGACAUCGGCAAACCCCUCGGCAAAGGGAAAUUCGGUCGAGUAUAUCUCGCCCGCGAAAUCAAGAGUAAUUACAUAGUGGCGCUGAAGGUGGUGUUCAAGGAGCAAAUAGAGAAGUACAGAUUGCACCACCAGUUGCGCAGGGAAAUGGAGAUCCAAACAGGCCUUAGGCACCCUAAUGUUCUGAGGCUUUACGGAUGGUUUCACGACGAUGAACGAAUUUUCUUGAUCCUCGAGUACGCCCAUGGCGGCGAACUCUACAAAGAACUCCGCAAAUUGGGAAAUCUCUCCGAAAGAAAAGCUGCCACGUACAUAGCUAGUCUUACACAAGCUCUGGCAUAUUGUCAUGAAAAGCAUGUGAUUCACCGAGAUAUCAAGCCCGAAAAUUUGUUGCUCGAUCAUGAGGGACGUCUUAAAAUUGCGGAUUUCGGUUGGUCUGUCCAAUCCAGAAGUAAAAGACACACAAUGUGUGGAACUUUGGACUACUUAGCACCAGAAAUGGUGGAGAACAAAGCCCACGACUGGGCGGUGGAUAAUUGGACACUGGGCGUACUCUGUUACGAGUUUUUAUACGGUGUCCCUCCGUUCGAGGCUGAAAGCCAGAAAGACACGUUUAGAAGGAUUAUGAAGGUUGAUCUAAGCUUUCCUUCCUCCCCCGACAUUUGCGCCGAAGCUAAAGAUCUCAUUAGCAGGCUUCUUGUAAAGGAUUCUUCGAAAAGGCUCUCGUUGGAAAAAAUCAUGGAACAUCCUUGGAUAGUUAAGAAUGUCAACCCCGUCUGCCCAAAGUAGCUGACGUAUCGUGUUUUUUUUUUCGUUUUUAGUUUCUGUAAUCUUUCAUGUUGAACUACUAGAACUUGGAGAAACGAACGUACAAAAUUCAUUUGUAUGAUCCCGUAUUCAUCGAAAUGUUGUAAAAAUGUUGUCUCAUGUUAUCUAUUUUCAGUUGCUCCUCUCCCA